CCCUAAUUUCAUACCAAGGAGUCUCCUGCUUGGCGUCUAUGAGUCCGGAAACCAGAACCUACUUUUUUGUGUACUCAGUUCCUUCUGUAUCUUACCUGAAAAUCACACGUAGUCUAAACUACGGACGUCUAAAUAUCUUCGCCAGUACAAUCCGUGCACGUCAAUCCUGACGAGCUAACUGUACAAUUGCUUGGUUUCUGCAGUGCUCGAAAGUGAUAUGAACAUUGCGAAGCUGUGAUCGUGGCAGGAGUUGAGGUAGAAAUCAGUGUCAAACACGAGGACCAAAAUCAACCUUAUGCCAUCAGCCACUGGUGGAGGUAACGCUGUGGGGCAUUUGAAGGGAGGGGCUAUGCCCAGUAAUGAAGAAUGUGGAAUCCGCGAUGUCUGGGGGCACAACUUGGAGGAAGAAUUCCGAACUAUUCGCCAAGUUGUGCAGCAAUUCCAAUACGUCGCUAUGGAUACGGAAUUUCCAGGUGUAGUCGCAAGGCCUAUUGGAGAAUUUAGGACAAGCGCGGAUUACCAAUAUCAAUUGCUUCGCUGUAAUGUUGAUUUGCUGAGGAUCAUACAACUUGGGCUUACAUUUCUUGACGAGUCUGGAAAUACACCUGGUGGCAGCUAUACAACAUGGCAGUUCAACUUUAAAUUCAAUCUACAGGAAGAUAUGUACGCGCAAGAUAGCAUAGACAUGCUGCAAAACAGUGGAAUCCAGUUCAAGAAACACGAAGAAGAAGGCAUUGAUCCUCUUGACUUUGCCGAGCUUCUUAUGACUUCGGGCAUUGUUUUAGUUGACGAUAUUAAGUGGCUGUCUUUCCACUCUGGCUAUGACUUUGGAUACUUGUUAAAACUUCUAACGGAUCAAAACCUUCCUCAAGAAGAAAGUGAAUUCUUCGAACUUCUGAGGAUAUACUUUCCCACAGUAUAUGAUGUCAAAUAUCUUAUGAAGUCGUGCAAGAAUUUGAAAGGAGGUUUACAAGAAGUGGCUGAACAAUUAGAACUGCAACGAGUUGGGCCGCAGCAUCAAGCUGGUUCUGAUUCGCUUCUCACUGGCAUGGUUUUCUUCAAAAUGCGAGAGAUGUUUUUCGAGGAUAAUAUUGACGACGCCAAAUACUGCGGUCACCUUUACGGGCUCGGUACUUCAUUUGUUGUGAACGGAUCUGGCGGAUAUCUCGAUAGUAAUGGAGAUAAUUCUUCCUCAUCGUAAUGACUAACAACUGAGCCAUGCCCCCAGUUAUACAUUGUCAGAUUGUUGCAUAAAAAUCGGCACAUCUGCACCGCGAUAAUAGGCACUUUUCUAUGCUAAAAAUACCUUGAAAACUCUGAAAUGUCGACCAAAUAUGACACUUCCGACCGGUUUUAAAAUAAAACUGCAGUAAUAGACAAAAUUAUUUGUCAGUUGGAACGUAAUGUGAAUUUGAUACCGCAUCGGAAAGUACAGUACCGGGAGUUAAACAUUGUUGAUACAGAUUGUUCAAAAAAAUUCAAAAUAAAAAAAAAAACCUUA